AUGGCUAUCGUCCGUCGAUAUGGCCGCCCUACCCUGUUUAUCACUUUUACAGCUAGCCCAUACUGGCCAGAGGUUGCCCGUGAGCUCCGCCCUGGGGAGACAGGCCUGAAUCGGCCUGAUCUAAUCUGCCGGGCCUUCCAUCUGAAGGUGCAGAAGCUAGUAGCCGAUGUGAAGAGCAACCUGUUCGGCACCCAUCUGGGCCACGUGUACACGAUUGAGUACCAGAAACGGGGCCUGCCCCAUAUACACCUGCUGCUGUUCCUGACCCUACACGACCGCGAGGCGUUCACGGAUCCUGUAACAAUUAAUAGCACUAUCCGGGCUGAGAUCCCUUCCCCUGUGGAUGACCUAGACGGCCUGCUUACAGAGGUUGUACGGACCUUCAUGCUUUACGGGCCAUGUGGGGAGCACAAUCUGCAGGCCCCGUGUAUGGUGCCUCAGCGCGACAGCGCCCCGCCGCGGUGCUCUAAGAACUUUCCUAAGCGUUACUGCCCAUCUACAGUGGUCCAUGAGGACGGGUACCCUGAGUAUCAGCGCCGGGAUAAUGGCCGCACGCUUGCUGUACGGUGUAAGGGCCGUAUUGUACACCUUAAUAACAGCUGGGUUGUCCCGUAUAACCCUGGUCUGCUCUGUAAGUACUGGGCCCAUAUCAAUGUAGAGGUUUGCGGCACUAUCCACGCUAUCAAAUACGUCCACAAGUACAUCUACAAGGGCACUGACAGGGCAGUACUAAACGUCUCAGAAGCAGAUGAGGUUAAGCAGCAUCUAAACGGGCGAUAUAUCAGUCCAUCUGAGGCUGUUUGGCGGCUGUUUGAGUACCCAGUACACAUGGAGCGGCCCACUGUAGUGCCCCUAGCGGUCCACCUACCGAAUGAGCAGAUAGUUACGUUCCCUGCUAACGCUACCACUGCAGAGUUAUCAGCCCGCCUGGAGCGAUCUGUAACUACGCUUACGGCGUUCUUCCAGCGCAACGCUGACCAUGAGUAUGGCCGUGAGGUCCUAUAUCAGGACUAUCCAUCCCAGUUUGUUUGGCACCUCCCGUCACGGACCUGGCACGUGCGUCAGCGCGGCACUGCGAUUGGCUGCAUGUACUUUUGCAGCCCGCUACAGGGUGAACGGUUCUAUCUACGGCUUCUCUUGACUACCGUACGGGGUCCACAGUCCUACGCGGACCUGCGUACCUUUAGCGGCACAGAGUAUCCUACUUUCCAGGCCGCCGCAGCUGCCCGCGGGUUACUGCUACACGAUGGAGACUGGGUAGCCUGCUUCCAGGACGCUGUUACGUUUGCCACAGGCCAGGCGUUACGGUACUUCUUCGUUGCUGCUCUCUUAAAUGGGCCUGUUACAGAUCCAGCUGCUAUCUGGGCAGCCUUCCAGGCGGAUUUGUGUGACGACUUACCUGAGGCUGCUGCUGCCCUGCUAGUAUCCGCAGAUCCAGACGCGUACCUUGACUACGGCCUGUAUCUGAUAGAAGGGCUGCUGGCAGAGUCUGGCAAACGUCUUACGGAUUUCUCACUCCCUGCGUGCCAGUUCAACUGGGGAGUACGGCUGCAGAAUCAGCUUCUUGCCGCUGAGCUGGCCUACGAUACAGACGGGCAGGACACUGCCUUCUGGGACACUGUUACAGGGCUGAAUAUGGACCAGCGCGCCGUAUUUGAUGCCGUUACUGCCGCUAUUGAGGCUGACCACAGCACUGCCCACUUCUUCGUACAGGGCCCAGCAGGCACAGGUAAGACGUUCCUCUGGCGCUGUAUAUGUGCCUACUAUCGCUCUACAGGCUGGGUAGUCCUGUGCGUUGCGUCGUUGGGUAUAGCUGCUGUCCUGCUGCCCGGCGGCCGCACUGCCCACUCCCGUUUCCGGAUCCCGUUGGAUAUCCACGACGAUUCCAUCUGCCCUGUUGCUCCAGGCUCGGAGCUUGGGCGGCUGCUGCAGGCCGCUACUCUAGUUAUCUGGGACGAGGUGCCUAUGCAGCACCGUUACUGCUUCGAGGCAGUCCACCGUAUGCUGCAGGACGUCCGUAGCUCCCCUGCCCUGUUUAGCGGCCUCCCUGUAAUUGCCAGCGGCGAUUUUGCCCAGAUCCUACCCGUCGUCCGCCGGGGCCAGCGGCCUGCCAUCGUCAACGCCUGCCUGCAGCAGUCUACGCUUAUAUGGCCGCACAUGACCGUACUGCACCUGCGUCAGAAUAUGCGGGUGCUAUCUGGGGCUGACAACACCUGUUUUGCAGCCUGGUGCCGGGGACUGGCUACCCGUGAGAUGGAUGGCCUGAUCUCCAUCCCAGACUGGAUGACCGUCUACUACAGCCUACAGGGCUUCCUGGAUCACGUCUAUCCGCCGCACCUCCUCCAGCAGGCUGCUGCGGACUAUCAGGUCCUCAACGGCCGUGCUAUACUGGCCGUACGGAACGACGCAGUAGCUGUAAUCAACGCCGCAAUGCUUGCUGCCUUCCCUGGUGAGCUAGUAGAGCUGGUUGCAGUGGACUCUGCUGAGGUUGAGGACAAUACAACACAGGAUCUGCCUCCCGUAGAGCUGCUGCAGUCCUUUGAGCCCCCGUCACUGCCCCCGUCACGCCUUCUGCUCAAGGUAGGCGUACCAAUAAUGCUUCUACAGAACCUGUACCCAAGCCAGGGGCUCUGCAACGGUACCCGUUUAGCGGUUACACAGAUAUCCUCCCGCUGUAUCCAGGCCCGCAUCCUAUCUGGCGAGUUUGCAGGCCAGCUCCGCCUGCUGCCACGUAUCAGGCUCACUUCAACCAGUAGAGAGCUCCCGUUUAUCGUCAGCCGGGUCCAGUUUCCAGUUCGCCUCUCCUUUGCAAUCACUGUAAACAAGUCACAGGGCCAGUCACUCUCUGUUGUAGGCGUUGAUCUGCGUCACGCUGUGUUUACACAUGGCCAGCUAUACGUAGCUAUGUCCCGUGUAACUACACUUGCAGGCCUGUCAAUCCUGCUGCCAGCACCUGAUACUAGCGAUGAGCCAUCCUGUACGGUCCCUAAUAUCGUAUACCCAGAGGUGCUCCUGUAG